AUGUCUAAACGUGCAAAGACGGGGACGGGAGCUACUUCCUCUAAAGGAGGGUCAAAAGGAAAAUCCAAGGAUCCCCCGUUUCGUUUGUUGAAUCGCGAAGACCGUCAAACUUAUGAUUUUCUCAUUUCAAAUAAGCGUCAAAUUAAGUCAACAAAAUUCCUCCAUAGAGAAUCUUUUGCUAGUCUUGGGGUACUCGAUGGAGUCCAAGCGUUAUUUAACAACAUCGGGUGGGGUCAAUUCCUCUAUAACCGCGCCGCCACCUAUGUUGAACCCACCUUGGAAUUUCUUGCCACAUUCAAUCCCGAGGAGGAAGCCCAAACCGUCACCUUCCAAAUGCUCGGUGAGAAACGAUCCCUACCACAUCGGGUUGUGAACGCUUUGAUGGGUGCUCCAGUGGACAACCUAUAUUACCAACAAGACCCAUGGCCCGAAAACUUCAAUGAACAUUACUUUUGGCAACAAAUUACCAAUGAGCCACAAUAUUCAUCGUCUUCGUCAAAGGCCUCCUCCAUAAUUCACCCAUGUUUGCGCCUAGCGCAUCGAGUUCUCACAUGCACCAUUUUCGCCCGCUCCGAAGUGGGACAAAUUUCAAAGGCAGAAUUAUUUUUCCUUUGGUGCAUGACUCGUGAGAACGGAGACAUUUUCAUUGGGGGAUUAAUCACCCUCAUUGCAUCUCGGCCACCGCUUCAACUUCAUCUCUCUACUCUUCCAUUCGAGAAGGCUUCCGGCCCAUCUAGCCUUGACGGCCACGCACUUCGCCGAAUGCAACUCAUCCGGGAUUCGGUCGACGGUCCCAUGUGGAUUCAGGACAACCAACCAUACCUCAUUCUCCCCCAUGAGUAUAUAGAGAGUUUUGAGCCAACCGAUCCCGAGCAAUGGAUCAUUCCAUCAUAA